AGGGAGGCUCUGGGCGGCUCCUGUUCCAGGACUGGUAAGGGGACCCCUGGCACCAGGCCUUGGCCUUGGACGCAGGAAGCAAGGAGACCCAGUCCCAGGCCAGGCGGCUCUUUUGUACCUAUAGCUGCAUUUAGCAGGACAGGACCCCACCUCCUGCCUGUCAGCAGCUCCUCCUGGCCCAGCAGCCCCUAGCCUCCCUGACCCGCCCCUCCAACUCCAGCUGCUGCCUUGUCCCCAGUGGUGGCCUCUUCCUCUCUGUCCCCAGGACGGCACUAUGGGCUUCUCUUCGGAGCUGUGCAGCCCGCAGGGCCACGGGGCAGUGCAGCAGAUGCAGGAGUCAGAGCUUCGGCUGCUGGAGGGCAUGAGGAAGUGGAUGGCCCAGCGAGUCAAGAGUGACAGGGAAUACGCGGGGCUGCUGCACCACAUGUCCCUGCAGGACAGUGGGGGCCAGAGCCGGGGCAUCAGCCCCGAGAGCCCCAUCAGCCAGUCCUGGGCAGAGAUCACCAGCCAGACGGAGGGCCUGAGCAGGUUGCUGAGGCAGCACGCAGAAGAUCUGAACUCAGGGCCCCUGAGCAAGCUGAGCCUGCUGAUCCGGGAGCGGCAGCAGCUGCGGAAGACCUACAGCGAGCAGUGGCAGCAGCUGCAGCAGGAGCUCACCAAGACCCACAGCCAGGACAUUGAGAAGCUGAAGAGCCAGUACCGAGCCCUGGCACGGGACAGCGCCCAGGCCAGGCGCAAGUACCAGGAGGCCAGCAAAGACAAGGAUCGCGACAGGGCCAGGGACAAGUAUGUACGCAGCCUGUGGAAGCUCUUUGCUCACCACAACCGCUACGUGCUGGGCGUGCGGGCUGCACAGCUGCACCACCAGCACCACCACCAGCUCAUGCUGCCCAGCCUGCUCCAGUCGCUGCAGGACCUGCACCAGGAGAUGGCGAGCAUCCUGAAGGAGAUCCUGCAGGAAUACCUGGAGAUUAGCAGCCUGGUGCAGGACGAGGUGGUGGCCAUUCACCAGGAGAUGGCUGCAGCUGCCGCCCGCAUCCAGCCCGAGGCUGAGUACCAAGCCUUCCUGCGACAGUAUGGGUCCACACCCGAUGUCCCACCCUGUGUCACCUUUGAUGAGUCACUGCUUGAGGAGGGUGAACCGCUGGAGCCUGGGGAGCUGCAACUAAAUGAGCUGACUGUGGAGAGUGUGCAGCACACGCUGACCUCAGUGACAGAUGAACUGGCUGUGGCCACGGAGACAGUGCUCAGCCGGCAGGAGGUGGUCACUCAGCUGCAACGUGAGCUCUGGAACGAGGAACAGAACACCCACCCCCGGGAACGGGUGCAGCUGCUGGGCAAGAAGCAGGUAUUGCACGAGGCCCUGCAGGGGCUGCAGGUAGCACUGUGCAGCCAGGCCAAGCUGCAGGCCCAGCAGGAGCUGCUGCAGGCCAAGCUGGAGCAGCUGGGCCCCGGCGAGCCCCCGCCCGUGCUGCUCCUGCAGGAUGACCGCCACUCCACGUCGUCCUCGGAGCAGGAGCGAGAAGGAGGAAGGACGCCCACCCUGGAGAUCCUUAAGAGCCACAUCUCAGGAAUCUUCCGCCCCAAGUUCUCGCUCCCCCCACCACUGCAGCUUGUUCCAGAGGUACAGAAGCCCCUGCAUGAGCAGCUGUGGUACCAUGGGGCCAUCCCACGGGCAGAGGUGGCUGAGCUGCUGACACACUCUGGGGACUUCCUGGUACGGGAGAGCCAGGGCAAGCAGGAGUACGUACUGUCAGUGCUGUGGGAUGGCCAGCCCCGGCACUUCAUCAUCCAGUCUGCUGACAACCUGUACCGACUGGAAGGUGACAGCUUUCCCAGCAUCCCCUUGCUCAUCGACCACAUGCUGCGCUCCCAGCAGCCCCUCACCAAGAAGAGCGGUGUCAUCCUGAAUAGGGCUGUGCCCAAGGACAAGUGGGCACUAAACCACGAGGACCUGGUGUUGGGCGAGCAGAUCGGGCGGGGGAACUUUGGUGAAGUGUUCAGUGGACGCCUGCGAGCCGACAACACCUUGGUGGCAGUGAAAUCUUGUCGAGAAACGCUCCCACCAGACCUCAAGGCCAAGUUUCUCCAGGAAGCGAGGAUCCUGAAGCAGUACAGCCACCCCAACAUCGUGCGUCUCAUUGGCGUCUGCACCCAGAAACAGCCCAUCUACAUCGUCAUGGAGCUUGUGCAGGGGGGCGAUUUCCUGACCUUCCUCCGGACAGAGGGACCCCGCCUGCGGAUGAAGACUCUGCUGCAGAUGGUGGGGGAUGCGGCUGCGGGCAUGGAGUACCUGGAGAGCAAGUGCUGCAUCCACCGGGACCUGGCUGCUCGGAACUGCCUGGUGACAGAGAAGAACGUCCUGAAGAUCAGUGACUUUGGGAUGUCCCGGGAGGAAGCUGAUGGGGUCUACGCAGCCUCAGGGGGCCUCAGACAAGUCCCUGUUAAGUGGACCGCGCCCGAGGCUCUCAACUAUGGCCGCUACUCCUCCGAGAGCGACGUGUGGAGCUUUGGCAUCUUGCUCUGGGAGGCCUUUAGCCUGGGGGCCUCCCCCUACCCCAACCUCAGCAAUCAGCAGACUCGGGAGUUCGUGGAAAAGGGGGGCCGUCUGCCCUGCCCCGAGCUGUGCCCCGACGCUGUGUUCAGGCUCAUGGAGCAGUGCUGGGCCUAUGAGCCCGGGCAGCGGCCCAGCUUCAGCACCAUCUACCAGGAGCUGCAGAGCAUCCGAAAGCGGCAUCGGUGAGGCUGGGAGCUGCUUCUCAAGCCAGUGGCCUCUGCAAGCGGGGCUGUACCUCCUCACCAGCUCCUGCUCUCACCGUUGGACACUGUUCACAGGCCUGGACUCCAGCCAGCAGCAUCUGUGCUGCUGGCAGGGAUGCGGCUCCAUGUCUGCUGUGCAUCCCUGCUCCUGCCAGGGCUCCCUCUUCCAGGCAGAAAUAAUAAAACCACUUGUGCCCAUCAA